UUUUAAUUCAGGAAAAAGAGGUGUGAAUUUUCUAAUGUGUAUAGUCCACAUAUUCAUUUAUUAAAUGUUUCAUAACUUUGCAUCUUCCACAUAUCUGUGCUUCACAAUGGCUGCAUAUUGACCAUUCAGUAGUAUUGGAACUGCAGACUCAUAAUUAUACAAAUCACAUUCAAUCAUGUACUAGCAAAAGUGUACAUUAUGUUCCAUCUAUGUUUUCCCUAAAUAUUUGUUUUUUGUAGGUUGGUCAAUGGUCCUCCCAUUGUUUUCCGAUAAUGGUUUCUUGUCUAGGCUCAAUUCUAUAUUUCUUGGUUUCGCACCAACAUUCCUUCUGCUAUCUAUUGGAUAUGAAGCUGUCUUCUAUGGUGCACUUGGUCUUGUACUAAUGGCAUGGAUACUGUUUGAAAACUCACUUCUUUACUUAAGUAAAGUGAAAAAAUCUUCUGCUUCUAGAAAGAAUUUGGAAGAACAUUUCUUUCUCGAAAAUGAAGUUAGAUAUUUGCAGCUGUCUGAUGUGAGAAUUCCAUUAACCUUUACCACUGAAAACUGACAGUAGAAACAAGAAUGUUGAACUGCUUUCCCCGCCCAUUUUGUUGCAGUUCCACCGCCCCCCCCCCCCCCCCCC